UACCCCCACCCCAGAGCCGGGUGGGAGGCAGGCAGGCAGGCAGGCAGGAGGCUUCUUGCGGGGGCUGUGCCGGGUGGGCGGUUUUCCCAGAGCAAGGAGUGAAGCGCGACUGACUUGGCGCCAGCUCCCCCAGAUACAGACAUGGUCGGCUGGGUGACCAGCCUGCCCAGUUAGCCCGAGCCUGGGGGCUCCCUCAGGCACUGUGCUCCCAUCCUAGGGGCCGCAGCACCACCUUCCACGGGUGUGGCAUGUCACGGAGGGAGGUCAGAAGGCCACCAGCCAUGCCAGGAGUGGGGCAGACCCCGGCAAAGGCCAAGCUGCGGCUGGCAGCAGGCACUGGCAGGAAGAGGAGCCGCCCGUGCGGGACAAGGCAGGACCUGUGGGAAGAGACAAACUGGAGGGACCAGAUGUGGAGCAGAGCUGCCCCCAGCUUAAGAGGGGCCAGGGCUCCCAGCAGGAGCGAGGCCAGUCCCGAGAACGCUGCUCGGGAGCGGAGCCGCGUGAGGACGCUGCGCCAGGCCUUCCUGGCCCUGCAGGCCGCUCUGCCCGCCGUGCCCCCUGACACCAAGCUCUCCAAGCUGGAUGUGCUGGUGCUGGCCGCCAGCUACAUAGCCCACCUCACCCGCACACUUGGUCGGGAGUUGCCUGGCCCCGCCUGGCCACCCUUCCUGCGUGGACUGCGCUACCUGCACCCUCUGAAGAAGUGGCCCAUGCGAUCUCGUCUCUAUGCUGGAGGCCUAGGGAGCUCUGGCCUCGACUCCACCACAGUCACCACCUCAAGCCAAAGAACAAAGGAGGCGGAGGCUGGGCCCCAAGUCUCUGAAGAGGCACACGCUGUCUUUCCCACGAAGCCACUCUCACCAGCUCUCGGGGACAAAUGAGUAUCACACUUGCCCUUUUCUCCUAGACUACAAGUCGAGCUUAGGGACCUGGAUUCUCUACCAGCCCUGCCUGUCUUCACUCUGACUCUCAGCCCUCGGAUCAGACGGACUCAGGUUCAGCUCGCAGGUUCCAGCAUGCAGACCAGGCGAAGCUGCGGGCCCUUCAAUGGGAGGGGACUCAGAAGCAACGGUGGGGGUAGGGGGGGCGCAAGUGCUCAUCUGGGCACCCGGGGGGUGACUUCUCAGUGGCUCCUGCUGUGGCAGCUGCAAGGGAAGUGGGAGAGGAAGAGGUUUGGCUGGGUUGGAAGUUGAGUUAGGGCACCCUCCCCCCGCCCCGCUUUUCUCCCCUAAGCUUCCCACAGACACUCGGAGAACGCAAGGACGAUGACAAGGCUGUGCAGGUGCAGAGGUAAAGGCCUAGGACGGCAGCAGCUGCGUGUGCUGGUGGGAAAGUCUAGGGCCAGGCAUGUGCGUGUGAAUAGAACUGGGCCGGGUCACGUGGCCAGAUCCUGGCGACACGGGGACCUGUCGUUAUCGCUCCACAAACCCUUACCUGAUGGCGAAGAAGCAGCGGGGAAUUUAGGAGUCUUGUCCGCAUGAUGGUCUCUCCAGCAGCCUUUCCUCCCUCUCUGGGCCCCGAGACCUUCCACUCUUUUCUUGGUAUGACUUAUAUUUACAGGUUAAGCCAGAAAAACCUAAACCUACAUUGCUUGCAUUCCAGUUUCCACAGAAACUUUUAGAUGGUCCCAGCUGCCUAGUUUGAGACGAUCUUAUCCCAGAGGCAGGUCUACCGGAAAUGAACCAGACAGCACCUUGCAUCUAAAGGAUAUUGAUGGGCCUGAUUACAUCCCUGAAGGACCUUAGAGAGAGAACAGAUAUCUUUUCCAGAGGAUGAUAAUUACAGCCUUCUCUUUCCAUUAUGUUAGAAACCCAACCUCCAGGACAAACAAGAUAGGCCUGGGUUCAGUGGGUUCUUCGUAUGAUUUUGGCCUGAGGUCUCACUGGCUCUGGAGUUAUUUCUACCAUCUGGCUACAGACAACUGCCCCAGAGGCAGCUGUGCCCCACAGGCGCUGCCCUCCUAGGCACUCAAGUCUUGCCACGGGGUGCCAGAAAUCUGUUAGAGUUUAGUGGAAUUUCUCUCUGGCUCUGAAGAAAUAACUUAAGGACUAAUCACAGAAGUCUACACAUACUGAAAGUAACUUUCCUUUCCAGAUCAAGUAUAGCUUCAAACCCAAAGGCACCUGAAGUCCAGACAGAGAAGUAACCAGCUUUUUUUUUUUUUUUAGUUUUUUUUAACAUUUAUUCAUUUUUAGAGACACGGAGCACGAGCAAGUGAGGGGCAGAGAGAGAGGGAGACACAGAAUCCGAAGCAGGCUCCAGGCUCUGAGCUGUCAGCACAGAGCCCCACACGGGGCUCAAACUCACAAGCCAGGAGAUCGUGACCUGAGCCGAAGUCAGAAGCCCAACCCACUGAGCCACCCUGGCGCCCCCAGAACCAGCUUUUCGUUAAACAUCAGUGCCUCAGAGCGGGAGGGGAUGGGCCAGGCCGACCCUGAAUGGGGUAGACUUAGAGCCACCGUUGCCACUGUGAGACUAAAUGAGGUUCUGGGCAGGCCAGGAGUGGCCAGAGGCCUGGGCUCUGAAGUGACGAACCACGCCUCCUCCACGGGGCUGGCCAGGGCCUCAGGGGAAAGGGGCCGAGGGGUGACUCAGCAAGUCGGGGUGGAGGCUGAAAAAGACACACAGCGCGCCAGCCACAGGCUGCAUGGGAUGUGGGAGAGCGGCUGAUCUGUGGCUGGGAGCCACGGGGAGAAGGUCUCAGCCAAGGCCGAACUCGUAAAUCUACCAGGUCCCCACCGCGGGGCCUGGAGAGCUUGUGCAGAACCGCUUCUGAGCAGCUGGGUGAGGCCAGGCAGGGGCAGGAACCAGGUGCGGGUGGGCGUGAGUGCAGUGUUCUCCACGAGACCAUAAAAGUCCAGCUUGAAUAUUCUAUUUUUAAAGCCAAGUAGUAAUGUCUUCCUGGUUGAGUCUGAAGGUGGUUGGAAGAGGAGCAGAUGAAUUUCCUCCCAAGCUGGUGGCACAGUCUUUUUUCUGGGGACGAAACUGGGAAAGCUGGUUUUAGGUGUAUGGAGGCUGCCCCAGCCCACCCCCCUCAGACUCGAGCCUUUGCCCAGCAGUAUCAGACCCCCUCCUGUGCCUGACCCCGUAGAGACAAGGACAGCAAAGGAAGAUGAAGCUGGCGGAGGGUGGCUGAGGAAGGACAAGCGCCAUCCCAUCGAUACAAGUGGCUUAGGCUGCCUCAGGCUCUAUCCGGGCAAAGCUGUUUUCCUUCGUGCCCAGGCCAGUCUGGGGUCCAGAGGCCGUGGCCUCCAGCCAGAGAGCACCCAGCACAGGCCACGUUGCCAAAGGGCUCUGAGAAGGCAGGCAGAGCCAAGGGAAGGACCGGAGCAUGAACGGGAAGAACCAGACGAAAUGUCAGGUCAGAGACUUGGAUCCACAAACGAACCAGAACCGGGAGUUCUUUGCCUCUGCCGCAGACAAAGAAAACACCUGCUCACUGGGAAACUUUUUAUUCCCACCAGGUCUAGGGGCAUGCGGUAGGCAAGAGUAGUAAGAGGCAGGUGAGACUCGGGUCCAGAGACAGCUUGGUCCCCUGGGAACAGGGGUAUGUGGGAAAGAGGCUCCAAAAGGAAACAGAAGCGCAGAGGACAACACGUCACUAAGGUGGCCUAGCUCAGGAGUCAGAGGGAUGCCUGGCCCACUUGGUUAGCUUUUCCUGCCUGCCCAGGUGCCCAGGACACGAGGUGGGAGGGGAGGAGGCAGUGAUGCUAGGAUGGCUUCCCCAGAGUUGGAUGUGCAUUAUGUUUCCUGAUGAGUGGCAGAGCCGCAGGGCAGAGGCUCGGGCCAUGGGAGAGGGAAUGGCUAAGGAGAGGGUAGAGACCGUCGAUUUACCACUUGGGAACUAGGUAAUUAAAUUGCAAGAUCUAGUCUUCUCUGAGAAAUUUCUUUUCUCUUCCUUUGGAAGGCGCCUGGCUAAGUCACAUGCCACCGUUCUCCCUCUUUUGUGGCACAAGCCCUAAACUCAGGGCACCUGCAAGCUUGGUAUUGUAGAUCAGGAGCUGGCUCACUGGCCACAGCGUACCAAAUCCAGCCCACCUCCUCCCUCCACCCACCAUGUUCCUGUAAAUAAGUUUUUGUGGGAAUACAGUCACAUCCAUUUGUUACACAUACUAUGGCUGUUUCCUGAUACAGCACAAUUGAAUAGAUGCCAUAGGUUAAGCCUAAAAUAUUUAUAAUCUGGUUUUUGAAGAAAAAGUUUACUGACCCUCGCUCUAGAUCAUAGGUACUAAAAGUGUGCUCUGGGAACUCUGGGGGUCCCUGAGGCCCUUUCAAUGGUCUAAGUGGCCCAAACCAUUUUCUUUUCUUUAAUGUUUAUUUAUUUAUUUUGAGAGAGAGAAAGCAUGAUGGCCUGUGCACAAAUUGGAGAGGGGAGGGACACAGAGAGAGGGAGAGAGACAGAGAGAGAAUCCCAGCAGUCUCCACACUGCCAGCAUGGUGCCCAACAUGGGACUCGAUCCCACAAACCUUGACAUCAUGACCUCAGCCAAAACCAAGAGUUGGACGCUCAACCGACUGAGCUAUCCAGGCACCCCUAAAAUCAUUUUCAUAAUACCAGGCACUAUUUGCCUUUCCUUACUCUUCUCUCACGAGCAUAGCAGAACGUUCCAGAAGCCAUACAACAUGAUAUUGCAACAGAUGGAAUGUAGAAGCAGAUAGGAGAACCCAGCUGUCUAUUGCAACAGACAUUAAAGAUAUUUGCAAAAAUGUAAAACAA